AUGAAAAGAAUUUUUAACAGAGAAGAAAGUUUUAUUUUCGAUAUGCAAGUAAGUCUUCGUGACCUUCAACAUACAAAUAUGUCGCUUGCUGUUAUGGAGCCAAGAUGCAAGGGUUCUCGUUUGCUAGGGGAAUCUAGUAUGAACCUUGGAGAGAUUUGGGAUCAACCGAACCAUCAAGUCUUCCAGAAGUGGGUUCAAUUAUCUCCUGCUGGUUUUUUAAAAGUGAACGUGAGAAUUAUAUUAAGAGGAGAAUUGCAUAUCGUGCCAGUAAUAACUAAUGACGAGAAAUUAGAAGACGAUAAUCAACUAUCAGUGAGUUCUGAUCAUCAAAGUGCGAACUAUGUCAUUACUGUAUACGGCGCAUUUGGACUCCAAAACUGUGAUUACUGUCAAACGAAUAAACGCUACGGGAAGCCUCCCAGUACAUUCGUCAGAGUUUCGUUUUGCGGUCAAGUGGUGAAAACAGCAAUUCAUCCCUUAAAUAACAACCCUAUGUAUUGUGAACAAAUAUCAAUAGCAGAAAUGUUUCCUAGUAAAAGUCAAAUCAUUACCUUCGAUAUUUACUCUUAUGAAAACUGUUUCAAUCGGUUUGUGGGCAGGACUCAUCUUUAUUUAGGAGAUAUUUCCCAUGAUGGAGAGAAUGGUUUUUUACCAACAUUUGGGCCUUCUCUUUUACAUAUUUAUACAAACUCAAAUCCGAGUACGAGCGGUGCAAAUAUCGAUGGCCCAUUUUACCGUGGAGCUUUACUCGUAGCAUGCAACGUCAUAGUUCCGAGUUAUCAACAGAACCUCAAAAGUGUAAUUGUGGAGCCAGUAGCACCCAUUCGCCUCGAAAAUCUAUGGUCGUUUGAGGAUUUCUGCAUAUACUGUCCCAUUUUCGAAGUGUCAAUGCUCAAUAGUAGAAUAACCGGCCAGUCUUGUGGUGUCGCAAUUACGGUUGGUGAGAUGGCUUAUGAUAACAAAUCAGAUGGAGGGUCCCGUAAGUUGCACUAUACAGGUAGUCUCGGUGUAAUGCAAAGUCAAUCUGAAUGUGGUUACCUUGACUUUAAUACGGCAUUCCCAGUUCUGCAAUUAGCAGCCAGACUGCCCGACCACAGAUAUAAAAUUUACAGAAACAAUAUGAUAUAUGCUGUCGUUAAUAACUUGGAGGCAAUUUUAGAUGAUAUAGAGAACCGCCUUAAAACAUAUGAUUAUUCCUCUCCUAUGGUACUUAUGAAUGAGCUGAUUACAACAUUAGAUGAUGCAACUGUAACCAUUCGAAGAUUUAUAGACAUAGUACAGCAUUCUGGUUCAAUAUCUACUAAAGGUGAAGAUUUCGUAAAACAAUGCAAUACGGAAUUGGAACAGAAGCAAUUAAAACUACAAAGGGAAGAAAUCGAUAAGAUAUAUCGAAAAAUUUUGCAAAAGGCAAAAUACAGCAUAAAGCCCACCAAUGAAGUCAGUGCAAGCACAAAGGAAAUAAGCAAGUGUUCCAGAAAAUCUGUGAAACUAUUGCUUGCUGAUAUGAGAAUAAUAUCCGAGGAACUAAAGGAUCAUACUUAUAAUUCUUUACAAGACUGGCCGGAAAUUGUGAUUUGGCUUUUGAGUGGAGGCUCAAGAGUGGGAUUUUGGAAGAUUUCUCCAACAGACGUUAUCUACUCGAUUGAACCGAAACAAUGCGGCAAGUCUUGUGGGAAAUUACAAACUGUUUUUAUGAAGCCGUUGUAUUGCUCUAAACAUACAAAUUUUGCGAGUGACUGUUACUGUAUUGCGGGUAAAGUUGAUCUACUAGUAUUGAUGGGGUUAUAUCGGCAAAAACCAGCAUUCGAAACCUGCUUGACCGGAUUAAAGCUCAAAAUAAGAAAUUAUGAUAUGUGUAUUAAAAGCACUGUUAUGAUGGUUGAAUGUAAAGCGUUUAUAUAUAAGGCAAAGUUGAAAAACGAAUCUAUUGGACUAAAUCCUAUUCAGACAUAUUUAAGAAUAAACGUAUUGAACACUUUUAAAGAAACAAAGGUAAAGUGUAAAACUUUAACACCGGUGUGGAAUCAAGUUCUCAAGAUACAAAGGAUGGUUUUUAUGACCCCGGAGAGACUUACUAGCAGCCCGGCUAUUGUUUUAGUCGAAGUUUACAAUACAGAGUUAUCGGGAAAAUCAGAGUUAAUUGGUCGUGUUCCAGUGAAACCAAGUGUAAACCAGGAGUCAGAUAUUGAGUAUGCACCGAAACUAAAAUGGUAUGAUUUGUUUAGAGGUAUAGACAACACGGGACAAGUACUCAUGUCCGCUCAGUUAAUGCAGAUUCCCGAAAAGUUACUUAAGAAUGUUAUUUAUAGUCCUAUUGAGGAAAGCUAUAACUCUGAUUUAAAUAAGUCGGACGUUAUCGAUGACUAUGUCCCUUUACCACAACAUCUAUUGCCUGUCUCUACUUUAUACAAAGUCGAUGUAUACUGGUGGGGUUUUCGUGAUGUAGACAUUACUAGAAAACUAGGAGUCAUCAUAGAAAUUGAUGAUAUAAGUAUAAAAUCUGACAUAAUCUUUAACAAAAAAUCGAAUUCUAAUUUCCGUAAUGGACGUAUAUCAGAAAUAUUUGAAGCGCCACUAAGUGAAGUGUAUUGCCCAAUGUUAAAUAUCAGGCUGUUCGAUAGUAGUACGUUUGGUAGAACACAAUACCUUGGUACGAAUAUUGUGAAGAAUCCCAACAAAUACGUAUUGCGAUGGUUGGAGAAAACUGAUAGAGAUGCCUCACUUAAACGAGCUUCGGUAAUAUCGUCAAAGUUUAUGCAAGUGAAUCAGACAUUGUUUAUUAAGAAAAGUUCAAUGCUUAAACAAAAUACUAUGGAUGAUAAUUGCGCUUCUGCAAGAAAUGUGGUGUCAAUGACCAGAUCGAAAUAUUCGAAAUGGAAAGACUUGUUUUGGCAAAGAGAACCCGACGAAGAAGAAUACACGUUGCUUCCAAUAUUUACAGCCAAAAAUAAAAUUAAAAUUAAAUCUGGUAUAGCAGAAACUAAACGAAAAGAUUGGUGGCUAAAAUAUGCUCAAUCACAAAAACUUUUCGGUUCCGAGCUGGAGAAUCAACCCGAGUUUUCAAAGUUCAAAGAUUGGUGCAGAACUUUGAAACUUUAUAAUGGAAAGAAAACAGGUAUCCGUGAGAGAGACAGGCAUCUAUAUUGCGGCUUGUUGAAAGCCGGAUUGGCCAUCUAUAGAUGGCCACCGUCCGAUAACAAGACAGCUGUUACUUUCAGUGGAAUUGAAUUGAAUAGAGGAUUUUUUGAUGAUCAUCCGAAUAACGAUCCCGCGAAGUUUUUGAUCCGAGCUUACAUUGUUAAAGGGAUAAAUUUAAAAACGAAAGAGUUUGUUGGGAAAACCAGUCCGUACGUUGUAUUGAGUUGCGGAAACAAACAUUUGGGGGAUCAUGAUAGCUACCUGCCGAGCAAAUUGAAUCCUAUUUUCGGAAAAAUGUACGAAUUCAGGUGCACUUUACCGGAAGACUAUGUACUCACUAUAUCUGUGUACGACAACGACGGUGAUUCACUAGAUGGUUUAAUCGGAUGCACAAAAAUUGAUUUGGAAGACCGAAUUUACACGAAGCAUCGAGCUCGAAUAGGACUCCCGUUCGAAUACAGCCUGAAUGAUCUUCUUAAAUGGCGCGAUUGCAUGAAGCCUUCAGCUAUAUUAGAAGAACUCUGUCUUAAGAAUCACCUCUCACCACCAAUUUUUAUCGACAAUAACACGCUUGUAUUGAAUGGUGUGGAAUACAAAGAUAAUGAUAGAGGUGAAAGCUUCACUUCGAGUCUGGAACGCAAAGAGAAUUUGUGCUUAAGUAUUUUACAUAAAUGGUAUACUUUGCCGGUAUGUGGGUAUCAUUUGGUUCCAGAACAUAUUGAAACAAGAACAUUGUAUAACCCAGACAAACCUGAAAUAGAACAAGGUAAACUUCAAAUGUGGGUGGACAUUUUUUCAUUGGACACUGGUGUGUAUAUACCUCCUCCUAUUGAUAUUACCCCUAAGAAAACAGAAGACUAUGAACUUCGGGUUACAAUAUAUUCUGUACGAGAAUUACUGGUGGGCUCUGAUAAUUUGAAGGGACAAUUUUCGGAUAUCUACUUACGAGUAUGGGUUGGAUUCAAGGAAUUUGCUCAAAAUACUGACUUUGACUGUGAAUGUAGAAGAGGAGAAGCCAAUUUUAAUUGGAGGAUGAUUUUUAAAUUCCAAUAUCAGCCAGCUACUCAAGAGAUAUUUUAUAAGGAGAAAUCAGUUUUCACUGUGUACGAAGAAAAUUUGCCACCAAUUCUUAAUAUUCAACUCAUGCAUAAUGGAGGCUUAAACCCAAACGAAUGUUUAGGGUCGCUGAUGUUAAACUUGAAUUCGAUGCCUCGAGGACUUAAGCGAGUUGACGAAUGUACUUUUGAUAUGUGGAAUGCUUCUACAAAAAUCAACCUAUUCUCUGUGAUGUCCACUCGUGCCUGGUGGCCGUUGUUCGCCUAUGACUACAAUUUUGAAAAUACUGAGAUAAUUGGUAAAAUAGAUUUAGCACUAAAUAUUUUGCCUCAAGACGUAGCUACUCUGAUGCCUGUUGGAGUAGGUAGAGAGCCCCCGUCUCCUUUACCUAAACCAAAGUGUUCAUCAUGA